CAUUGUCAGAAAUGUCAAUCGGUAGAUUUGUUUCAAGUUUUCAACAUUUUUCAAGAAUUCAAGGUUUCAGGAUUUUCUUUUCACUUUUCAGUUUCACUGCUAGUUUCAUGUUAGCGUAACGUCGAAGCUACCAAUAAAUAAAUUGUAAAGCAAAAAUACAGUAAAUCACCGGCUGUGCAGGUGCUGUUAUUACAAUACGUAACAAUCUAUCCAUCGGGAAGUUAGAGGUUUAUUUAAUUUUAUAACAUCCAAAGAUGGACAGUGAGACUACUGGUGAUCAAAUUGGUGCGGAUAUGGAUGAGCCACCUAAAUUUGGUCUCAAACUUAUGUUAAAUCAUGAAUUUCCACUUAAAAGCAAGCAACUGAUCAUACCCAGACCCAAACAAAUCUUUGAAAUGAUGCCUCUUUCAGCAAGGUAUUUUAAAUAUUACUUAGCAAAGAAAAUACAAAAAAGACGGCCUAUAAUGGAUUAUGUUCAUAUGAUUUCUGCUCAAAGGAUGUAUGGUUGUCCCAUUGGAGGCAUAGGGGGUGGCACAAUCGGCAGGGGAUUUAAAGGGGAAUUCUGUCGUUUCCAAUUGUACCCUGGCCUUUAUGAAUAUGUCACAGUCCCAGAAUGCCAGUUUAUUGUAAACAUCAGAGAUGCCAAUAAAGAAACCAUUUUCCAGUCAGUUUUAUCUACAUAUAACAAACCUAAGAAAGCACCUCAGUCAUGGGAAUGGAACAUAAAUGGUUCUGACUGUGAAUACACUGCAUUAUAUCCUAGAGCUUGGACGACUUACGAUCUCACAAAGUAUGGCAUCAAGUUGGUUUGUCGUCAGAUAACGCCUGUCAUACCCCAUAACUAUAAGGACAGCAGCUUGCCGUGCGCCGUAUUUGUAUUUACAGCUAAAAACGUCAGCAACGAACACCGCGAUGUCAGCAUCACCUUCACAUGGACAGAGGUUCUCGGGGAACCAAAUAAAAAGAAAAAUAUUGGCAAGUUAGAUUUAGAAAGAUAUGCUGAAGAACUUACGUGCGGUGUUACGCUGGAACAAAAAAUAGCCGACCAACCAUGCACCUUCACCAUAGCCAAGAAGAAACACGAAAACGAGACCAUUCACGAGGCAUAUUGUCUAUGGAACUCAGCUAAAACUUCUGGUUACGUUUGGGAGUGUUUAAAGAAACAUGGCAAGCUGGAACCGGAUCCCAACCAAUCGGCGAAGGUUACUGAAAAUAAGAAUGAAAAGGAGAAAAGUAAAAAGAUUUACAAAAAUGAUUCUAUAGCUUUAUCGAGCACAAUAUCUUUGGAUCCAGGGGGAUGCAGUUCAACUGAAUUUUGUCUUGUAUGGGACAUGCCUAUUAUAAAAUAUAAGGACUCAAAGAUACAUAAAAGAUAUUAUACAAAGUAUUUUGGUAGUGAUGGAAUAGCGGGUGCCAGCAUAGCUGCGUACGCUCUUAGGAAUUAUGGGAAUUGGGAAAAGCAACUCGCAGAGUGGCAGGACCCUAUAUUAAAUAACAGUAACAUACCAGACUGGUUAAAAAGUGCCUUAAUGAAUGAGCUUUACUUCAUAGCAGACGGUGGGACUAUUUGGUUCGACGUCUCCGACGAAUUCCCUGAGACUGACCCGAGACACGAAUUUGGUGUGUUCGGAUACUUGGAAGGCCACGAGUAUAGAAUGUACAAUACGUAUGAUGUACAUUUUUACGCAUCUUUCGCGUUAGCGCAGUUGUGGCCCAAUUUGCAGGUGGUAUUACAAUAUAUGUACCGUGACUCGAUAGCGCUAGAGAGCACCAAGCUUAGACAAUCGCUAUACGACGGUAAAUCCUGCAAAUUUAAAGUGAAAGAUACAGUUCCACACGACUUGGGCGAUCCGGAUGGUCUCCCAUUCACGCAAAUAAACGCGUACAACAUCCACGACGUGUCGGAAUGGCGCGACCUCAACCUCAAGUUCAUCCUGCAAGCGAUGCGCGACUACCGCCUGCUGCGUGCGCACAGCGCGCCCUUCGGCAACGAGAGGUACCGCUCCAUGGCCUUCAUAGACGACGUGCGGGCCGGUACUGAGGACGACCUGUACUCGCGCGCCACUGGCCAGGCUGACGCCGACUGCUCGCCCGACCGCUCGCCCGACCAGUCGCCCGAGCCGUCGCCCGCGCCGCCCGACCGCCCGAACGGCGUCGCGGAUAUAUUAGACUUACUCUACAGGAGCUCAGAGGUGGUAGAGGAGUGCGGGGAGCGGAUAGAGACUCGAGAGCCAGCGGUAGCGGUGUGGGACUCGCGGCAGUACCUCACGGAGCUGUACCCUGCGUGCGCGGCGCUGCUGCGACGCGGUGUCGAAUGGGACAGAGACGGCGACGGGCUCAUUGAGAACGGAGGAUUCCCCGACCAGACCUACGACGCCUGGGUCAUGACAGGACCUAGCGCGUACUGCGGUGGGUUAUGGGUGGCGGCAGUGAGCGCGGUGCACCAAAUGGCCCGCAUCCUCGGUCUGGAGGAGGACGAGAGAGAGUUCUCGAAGAUGUUGGAGCAAGCCCGCAGCUCCUUCGAGAAUAAGCUGUGGAACGGCACGUUUUAUCGGUUCGACACUAAACCCUCUAACAGGGACGUGGUCAUGGCAGACCAGUUGGCUGGCCAUUGGUUCCUCCGUUCGUCCGGUUGGACGGAUCACGUGUUCCCGGAGGAGAACGUAAAGAAAGCGCUGCACACUAUAUACGAGAACAACGUGAUGCGUUUCCUGAACGGUCGCAUGGGCGCUGUGAACGGGUUCGUGCGUGGAACGCGCGGACACGUCGACACCACUGCGCUGCAGAGCGAGGAGGUCUGGACCGGGGUCACUUAUGGACUCGCCGCUGUCAUGAUCUAUGAAGGAAUGCACGAGCAGGCCUUCGUAACGGCAGGCGGGUUGUACAAUACGCUGAUGAAAAUGGGAUUAGCGUUCGAAACGCCGGAGGCUCUAUACGAAAAUGGUAACCAUCGCUCCGUGGCCUACAUGCGGCCGCUGGCCAUAUGGUCGAUGUACCAGGCCAUAUUGGCCAGGCCAUGCCCCCCCGCGCCUGUCAACAAUGGCCAACCGCACCACGCCAAAGAGAACAACUUAUAGUGCUAACAAAUGUCUAUCAAACACAAGACUUAAAAGUUAAUAAUAUUAAUAUCCUCAUAUCUCUCCUUCAAAAGUUCUGAUGUGCCAAGUGAUUUUUAUGUUUACCUAUAUAUAAUAACUAAUAACAAAUGUUCUCGAAGUAGUUAUUAAAACGCAUUAUCGCGAUACUUCAUCAGUGCGUUGCGUCGUUGUUUUCAUAUAUUUUAAAUGACAUGCCACAUUAAAGCGUUGCAUCGUCGCAGUGACGUUUCAACGGCGUUGAGACGCCGUUGUGACGACAUACAGUGUUUUAUUUUAGAAUUUAAACUAUCGUGAGUGUUAUUCAUAUUAAUUUAUUGUGAAACACGGCUAAAACUCACGUGAUACACUUCGGAGUAUUUCGACUAGUUUCGACCCCAUAUAGGGCCCUUAGUCAUGAGCUGGUUCUUGCAACGUGACACGAUCCAAACUGCGACGCAGCGGUGCGUGCUGAUGGGUUGAAUUCACUUGUUUUAUUGUUGAAACUGACUGUGCUUCGUCCGUAGUCGCAACGCAGGUGUGACAAUGCGUUGAUCCGUUGCAGUGACGUAACGCAACGCACUAAUGAGACGUUUCUCUAACAGAAACCCUGCCCGCGAGGUAUAUGGUUGGGGGCUAUAAUUUUUUUUUUUAAUUUCUUGGUUUUUUUUUAUUAUUAUUUAACAAAACUUACACAUUGAAAUGAAGCCUGACCGUAGUGCAACAUAAACCUGGUUUUACUGUUAUAAUAGUCAUCUUUGUUAUUGACGAUUAUUAUUAUUCAAUUGAUAAGUAUCAUUGCAAUGAAACUCAAUGUGCUUUCAUUUUAUGAGAUACAAUUUCUUAAAACGCCCAAAUUUAUUUAUUAGAAAAAAAUCAAGUUAUUAAUAUAAUAAAUGGCCUAAUACUAAAGUAUAAAAUGCCCUUACACUAAUAUACUAAAGUAAUAUAAUAAAAUUAUGCAUUGCAUGUAAAUGGUAAGGUCCUCUGACCUUGUAGAAUUACUUUCCUUGUAAUUUCCUCUAAUUUAAUUUAUCGGAAGUUAAGAAAUGACAUGUGUACUUUAUGGUCCUUAUUUGAAGGGCUUAUUUGAAAUGGGAUGGGUGAUUGUAAAAUCAUUUGAUGCUGUACAUUUUUAAACACAUGCCCAUGAUAAUAACCAGUGAAUUGAGCAGUUGACAUUUAACAAAUAUAAAAAAAUAAUUAAAGGGAUUUCAAUAUUUUUUUUACAAUUAUUUUUAUCAGAGUCAAAAGUGGAUUAUAAAAAAUAAGAAAACCACUGUCGACCAAAGGUUAUGAUUCACAACAUUUGUCAGGACAACUUAAUUAACAAAUCAUACUGUAACCAAAAUAAAACACUAGAAUGGCACAGAAUGACCUUGAGUGAAGUCACGCACUUGUGAACGUUGUGUGUAGGGUGUAGGGUUAAAGACAUCUAUGAUAGUUAACUUUUCCACUUAAAUCACUCUCCCCGGCCUAUCCCAAGUAACCCAUAAAGAAUAUGUAUUUCUUCAUGGGACAAACAGACAAGUAAUGUGGACGGUUCGACGAGAACACUGAAGCCGAGCGAACGACGAGCGCCUUAUAUCGCAAGUCGUUCCCGCCAACUGAUCGCUACCCCUUUCUAAAUCCCUACUUUUUACGAAUUAAGUCGCGCCUCCUAGCUUCAGCACGAGUCAACACAAAAUCGAGCGACGUCAUAUCCGUCCCAGACUACUAUCUCCAACAUUAUAUUAUUUUUAAAGUUUAUG